AUGUACGUGUACAUAACUUGUACGGCGCUUGCUGGCCUUUGUGAUCAGACUCGCUAUCAAUGUUGUGGAUUAAAUUUCUCAAUCACUUUGUUUGCAUUACGCCUCGUUUUACUUAAAGCAGGUUCAAGUUACCACAUUAUGGAUACGGUCUGCACGACACCACUAACUUAAUGCCAAUUCCAUGCUCCUUUGUCAAAGCACAGUUACGAGGCUCUGUACCUACUUCAGUCUUAACUAAAGACCUCUAGAGCCUUCUUAGAAUGAGAGGUUAAACUCACACUGGGGCUCAUCAAUUACUGCAUGCAUGUAUCUGCAGAGUCUACUUUGCAACAGGGCAACUAGACGAUUACACUUGUUAGAAAAGAGUAAAGUGGCUUUUGGAGGAUGUCCGUCAGGGUAUGUGUAUAUCCUGUGCCAAUAAGUGACCCUGGGAGUAUAUCACGAUAUGGCAGUGCAUCAAGCUCAGUAGUGAGUGGUCGCGGGUCUCCAUCACGGCUCAUCUCAGCCUCAGCUACAUGUAUAGCAGCCAUCUCCCAACAGGCUGCCAACACGUCGGCCUCCUCAACUUGCCGGGCCUCAGCUGUCCAAACGGAAGAUGGAACAGUAUCUCCACCCACCCAGAGCCAGACUUGCUCCUUGCCCGAAAUACCCAACAGUCCGAGUUUGCGGUCUGUUGCGACUUCAGACUCCCCGCUCCUUGUACAAGUGAGGAACAUUGCUGAGAGGCAGAAGGAAGAAAUGCUACAGGGGAGUGCAAUGCAGAGUACUACACGGAGCAGUACGUUUCCCAACUUCCGAGCUCUCCAAAGGCUGGCACUCAGUGCUAGGACAAGUACAAACUCCAGGAGAAGCAGUACCACCUGUGUUCAUGCUGACAAAGAUCUCAACCGGAGAAGCACCUUAUCCAACUCUAACAGUUCAAGAACGCCAGGGUCAAACAGCACCAAUCACCCGGCUGAUGAGAGGUGUGGUAAAAGUUUCCAGCUGAGUCGGGGCCCUGAAGCCACACGAACCCCAGCUGACUUCUGUGCACUCACAAGUUUACCGGGAAACAGGCAGGAUGAACGUCUAAGGUGGAAGAGCUCCUCUUCUGAUGAGAUGAUGGAGGCUUACGUUGCUGAUCACCCAAUGUCAUCAAAAUUCCACAAGAAGAAAUCGGCAAAGAAAAAGAAGAGAAAAACUAAAAGGACAAAAUCCAGGAGUCAUCUUUCUCAGAAGCAUCCCCCAGAGAGCAAACAAUCCUUGGCUGACAAAAAGGCCACUGUACAGGACUCCUUGGGCACCUUACUCCGAGCCAUGCCCGUUGUGGUUGAGACCAAAAAGAUAGAAGUGUACAGUUCACGUUAUGGCAAAUGCGAAACAGAGGGUAUAACCCCCCACCGGACUGAGCGAAAGUCCUCUGAUAUCGAGAAAGCCAAUAGUCCAAACCCUGUGACAUCCUUGCAGAGGGAUUCACCACAGGGGGCUUUUGUCAGCAACCUCACCGCUCAGGGACGUCACCCAAUCAUUUACGCCAGCAGGGUGUCACCUCGGAUCCCUGGACCUGGCGGACUCGGUAAUGGCUCUCGAGAGCAGGACAACUUGUCACGGGUGACGAGGGUGUACCUGUCCGACAAACAGUCUGGUAACCUGAGGGAGUGUGGCUCAAUCCUGCCCUGUGCACCGCCUUGUACCCCGACUCCUCAGAUGAUGCAGAAGUAUCAGUACAUACCAUCCAUGAUGGACUUGAGGAGCCAGCGAGCUGUCCGCGACCGCCUGUCCGGAAUGGAGCAGAAGGCCAAAAAGAAGCAACAGCAACAGAGGGAGGAGGCUCGCAAGGUGGAGCAGCAGCUCCAGCGAGACCAAGUGUCGGCUUGGAAGCAGCGACAGAGGCUGGAGAUAUAUGCCCUGAACAAGAUCAUGACCGAGUUUGAAGAGAACAACUUCCAGCAGUUCAUGAAGAUGAUGAGCGGGAAGACUCCUUGAAGACAUGAUCUGAUGUUUCAUUCCAGUUAGCUCUUUUCUCUCUAAAAGGCCACGUGUCUCACUGAGACUUCGACACAGAAUUUCAUGUCAACAUUGUGUGGGAAAACAACUCAAGCACUUGGAAAUAUGCAUGAUUGUACAUGUAUGAGCGAUAUACAUGUACAGGUAUACAGGAUUUAUCAGAUAGGUAUCAGUGCUUGUCGACUGCCAUUUUCUGCCGAAAAUGUAGAUUUUGGAAAAAAAAAAAAUACAUGUGUACAUGUAUAUGUAAGCGGUCAACUUUCGAAACACUGCCCAAAUGCCAUAAAUUCUGAUUGCAAUACUUAUAGGAUAUUUCCCACCACAAGCAUGUAUUUUUCAGCCCUGUAGGACACACCCAUGAUGCAGUAUUUACUGCCAUGUUGGGCUGUGCUCGCGGACCUAACUCGAGAUCAACACAGUGCAUCUACACAGACCUGUGUGACUACAUGAGUGUGUAAACACCUUCAAUCGUGGACCUAUAACAAUUGGAGACAAUAGGGUCCACGGUUGCCGAAAAAUCCACGGUUGGAAAACGUGU